GUUGGGCGCGCGCUGUGAAGAAAACCAUUUGAACGAAAAAAUGGCGGAAAAACAUUUCGAAGCUGGAGGAGAAGAAGGUUUCGGAAGUGUCGUCGUUGCUGAUACCCAAAGUGAGGUCCACUCUGUGAAACAGAAAUCAAAAAGAUGCUCCUCCACAAGCCCCAGCACAGCUCCCCCACACAAAUCUCCUCGUACCGACUUCACAUCAUCCACCACACAGAUGUCAGAUGCAGGGGAAGGACAUUCAGAGACAGACAAACAAGAAAUGCUGACAGAAAACACAGAGGGGCCUUCAAGUCUCACUGUUAGCCCCACUGCACGGAGGAAAUCCUGGAGGAGAGCCACCAUAACCCGACGCUCUCUCCCUGUCCUUCCUAACCCAUAUCAGGUUUUAUGCAGGGGCAUAAGUGUAUCCUUAUCACAGAAAGAGAGGCUCGAGAAACUGAUGGAGGCUUCAAUGAGGCUGGCAAUAGAAAGAACUCAAAAUAACCUGCAAUCAGUGCCAAAAACCUCACUGGAGUCUUUUCAAAAACAAGUUGAGCGCAUACAGAAAGAGUGGGGUUGUUUGGCCAAUAGCAUACGCAGCGAACCACAGGGUCAUCAAGUCCCUGCUAGUGCAGCCAGUGAUCCUGCAGUGCUAAGAGCCAUGGCAAAAGUCCAGAAAGCCAUCAAAAGGCUCCAGGCUGAAAGUGAAUCUUGGGAGGCACUGUUGAACAAACACCGGAGUAAAGCAGAAGAAUUGGAAAGGAAAGUGGAGCAAGGCCAGGAGGGGGGUGUAUCAUUGGACUCUACAUCUGUGGCUCAGUCCUCACAGUACCAUAUCAUACAGAAUAAACCGGACUACCACGGUCUCCUCUGUAGACAACAGCCAAUGUUUCACACUAUGGCAAUGAUUAUGGACACUCAGUGCAAGAUGGUUAGAGAGCUUCUGUCCAUCAAGGAGCAGUCACAGUUAUUGGUGAAAGAGACCAGUGGCCGCUUGGCGGCAGAGGCAGGAUUUCAGGAUCUUUCACCUGACCUCAUCAGGAUCCUUAUGGGAGCACCUUUAUCCUCUGCAACUACAUAGUCCCUCUGGCAGGAGGCAAGCACAAGCAAUCAAUCAGUUAAUGGACCAUGGCUCUUUAUGACUUGAAUAUAAAGCUCAUAUACUGUAUGUGUUCUUUCUGAUAUUUUUAUUGUUAUGUGAUUUGGAAAACUAUAAUUUCUUUGAUCUAUCUUUCUUGUCUUGUUUUAAACAUAAAGUAAGCUCUAAGUUUAUGUUUCUUUGUCAAAUAAAACCAUUUCCAUCAGCAACAGGAUUGGUAAUGGAGCUAGUUCGGGUAAUCCAUGUGUUUGACCAGCAGGUGGCAGUGGCUGGCUAUACAAAUUUGUAACAAGCUCCAUGAAUGGCCAGAGUGGAUUUUUCUGUUAAGCCUUAAUUAAGCGUAUUCUCACCUGUGAAACCUGAGACUUUUAAAUCAAGAUUGCCAGCUGUUAGAAAUUAAGGAACAGACAAAUAUUUUAGAAAUUGUUGCCAAUAUGUUUAAAAAAAACUUGAUUAUUCUGCAUAAACACUGAAAAAAAAAAAUCCUGCAUCUCUUGGAACUAUUAACCUGUCUAAAGUGAUCUGUUGUCUUAAAAUAUCGAAAUAUAUUGACUAUUGGAAAUCAAAUUAAGUGUGUCUAUGAAAUGGCCUCAAUUUGAAGUCAUGGGAUGUAUUGAUGUUUUUAUGUGGUUUGAUUACUACUAUAAAUAUCUGCAAUAGUGACUUUGCAAAGAGUAGCAAUACACUGUUUGUAUACGUAGAGUAAUUUUCGAAAAAAGGGUCAUUAAACCUUUGAAGAAAUUUAGCAAUUUUUCUGGAACAGGAAAGAAUUAAAUAUAAAUAUUAUAAAGCAAAA